CAGGCAGUGUUUAAUCAAUACAUUUUACUCCCAGUCAGUCAUUAUGGGAUGUAAUUAUAAUGUUCCCUUUAAUGUCUGAUGCAGUCAGGAGGACAUUUAUUAUAAACCUGUAUAGUCAGUAAUUAGACCUUGGAGCUCUAGAACAUUUGGAGGACUGGUGGUGGAGCACUGAUUACGUAUCUGGGGACAAUCCUCUCCAAUAUGGAUGAUUAGGACAAUUGACCUGUGUUGUGCUGUGUACGAUACUUUUUACCUCAAAGGUAAAGUUCUGUUUCAAAGACAAUAGUCAUUUUCAUUAAUGACCUACCAAGGAUGGACGAGGACAGAGACCUCAUGGCUGCAAGGAUAUUAGACCUCACCCUAGAGAUCAUCUAUCUGAUAACUGUAGAGGAUUACACAGUAGUGAAGAAGUCAUCUGGUGAGUGUGUGACACCCCAUGUGUCAGGAGUAUGGAGCAGGACCCCGGGAGCCAUCACCGAGCCUCCACCUUAUUCACUGAUACAUGAGCAGAAGAUCCUAGAACUUACCACCAGGAUCACUGAGCUGCUGACCAGAGAGGUUCCUAUAAGGUGUCAGGAUGUCACUGUCUAUUUCUCCAUGGAGGAGUGGCAGUAUUUAGAAGAACACAAAGAUCUGUACAAGGAUGUCCUGAUGAAGGAUCACCAGCCCCUCACAUCACCGGAUGAGUCCAGUAGGAGAAAUCCACCAGAGAGAUGUCCCAGUCCUCUAUAUUCCCAGCAUUGUCCUGAGGAAAAGCAAAUUGUCCCACUGGAUCAUCAGGACGGGGCAAUGUCUGAUGUGCUGUCUUCGAGAUUUCCAAGAAACCCAGUUAAAUCUACCUCAAGUCACCACCAUUGUACAGGCCUCUCACAUGGAAAGUUUUCUUUCAAUGACCUACCAAGGAUGGACGAGCACAAAGACCUCAUGGCUGCGAGGAUAUUAGACCUCACCCUAGAGAUCAUCUACCUGAUAACUGGAGAGGAUUACACAGUAGUGAAGAAGUCGUCUGGUGAGUGUGUGACACCCCAUGUGUCAGGAGAAUGGAGCAGGACCCCAGGAGCCAUCACCGAGCCUCCACCUCAUUCACUGAUACAUGAGCAGAAGAUCCUAGAACUUACCACCAGGAUCACUGAGCUGCUGACCAGAGAGGUUCCUAUAAGGUGUCAGGAUGUCACAGUCUAUUUCUCCAUGGAGGAGUGGGAGUAUUUAGAAGGACACAAGGAUCUGUACAAGGACUUCAUGAUAAAGGAUCACCAGCCCCUCACAUCACUAGAUGAAGACUUGAAGAGAGGAUCCGAUUCAUACCUCUCUGUAUCUCCAUCCAAUGACAUAGAUAAUAAUUCAUGUCAGAUUGGCAAAACUAGAACUGGGCAAAGAAUAGUUAACAUUCUUUGCCCAGUUGAGAAAAUUCACAAAGGUAUAAAGUCAUCUACAUGUACCGAACAGGAAAAAUCUUUUAGUAAGAAAUUAAGUCUUGUGACACAUCAGAGGGUUCACACAGGGGAGAAGCCAUUUUCAUGUUCAGAAUGUGACAAAUGUUUUUCUAGGAAAUCCUAUCUCAUUGGACAUCAGACAAUUCACACAGGGGAGAAACCAUUUUCAUGUCCAGAAUGUGAGAAAUGUUUUAGGCAGAAAGAGUCUCUUGUUGCACAUCAGAGAAGCCACACUGGAGAGAAGCCAUUUUCAUGUCCUGAAUGUGGGAAGUGCUUUGUUCGUAAAUCAAAUCUUAGGCAACAUCGAAUAACUCACAAAGAGAAGAUGCCAUUUAUGUGCUCGGAAUGUGGGAAGUGUUUUAGUCAGAAAUCAAGUCUUUUGGAACAUCUAGGAAAUCACACGGGGGAGAAGCCCUAUUCAUGUUCAGAAUGUGGGGAAAGUUUUAGUCUCAAAUCAAAUCUUUUAGAGCAUCUAAAAACUCAUACAGGAGAGAAUUCCUGUUUAGAAUGUGGUAAAUGGUUUAACAUUAAAUCAAAGCUUGUGGCACAUCUAAGAAUGCACACAGAAGAUAAGCCAUUUUCAUGCCCUGAAUGUGGGAAGUGUUUUCGUCACAAAUCAAGUCUUGUUGUUCAUCAGAGAACUCACACAGGGGAGAAGCCAAAUUUAUGUCCAGAAUGUGGGAAAAGUUUUAGUCACAAAUCAAGUCUUGUUGUUCAUCUGAGAACUCACACAGGGGAGAAGCCAUAUUCAUGUUCUGAAUGUGGGAAAUGUUUUAACCAUAAAUCAGAUCUUCUGAAACACCGAAGAAUUCACACAGCAGAGAAGCCACAUUUUUGCUCUGAGUGUGGAAAAUGUUAUAGCGAUAGAUCAGAUCUUGUGAAACACCAGAAAAUACACACAGGAGAGAAGACAUAUUCAUGUACAGUAUGUGGGAAAUGUUUUUAUCGUAGAUCGAUCCUUAUGAGCCAUUUAAGACUUCACACAGGGGAGAAGCCAUAUUCAUGUACAGUAUGUGGGAAAUGUUUCUGUCAGAGUUCGAUACUUAUGAACCAUAUGAGAGUUCACACAGGGGAGAAGCCAUAUUCAUGUACUGAAUGUGAGAAGUGUUAUCGUCACAAAUCAAGUCUUGUUGUUCAUAUGAGAACUCAUACAGGAGAGAAGCCAUAUUCAUGUUCAGAAUGUGAGAAAUGUUUUAACCAUAAAUCGGAUCUUCUGAAACACCGAAGAAUUCACACAUGAUAGAAGUCAAAUUCAUGUCCAAAUGUGGUAAAGGUUUUAAUGAAAAAUCAGUUUUUGUAAAAAUCUGAGAAUUUACACAGGAGAGAAGCCAUAUUCAUGUACAGAAUUUGGGAAAUAUAUUCACUUGAGAUUGAAACGUAUGGACCAUAUAAGAACUCACACAGGAGAAAAGCCCUAUUCGUGUACAGAUUAUGAGAAAUGUUAUCACCAUAGAUCAAAACUUGUGAACCACACAGGAGAGAAGUCAUUGUAAUGUUCAUAUUCUAGUAAAUGUGGCAUCUCCACUAUAACACUCACUACCUUAGGAUGUCUUCUAUUGUAUCACAGCUGCUUUCUUCCAAAAGCAGUGGCACACCUGUCCACAGGGUGUAUGUGGUAUUGUAGCUCUGCUCCAUUCACAGCAAUGAGGAAAAGCUGCAAUACCAGUCGCAAACUAUGGCUAGAAAUCAUUGUUUGUCUCCUCCCAAAAAUAGAUUAAAAAGUGAUCAAAAAGAAUUGCGUUUCUUGUUAUGGUAAUAAUGAAAACUAUAG